UUUAUGAUCCGGGACGAGUACAAGAAGCUUGAUGAAUUCGUCGCAGAAAAAGCGCCUAAAUUUGUACUGGUUAUUGGACAACCGGGCAUAGGCAAAACUGUAUAUCUGACCUACUGUCUUUUGUGUCGACUUACCGAGAAAAAGCGGACGGUUUUGAUGUUAAACCUCAGCAAGUGUUAUUUAUUCCAGAACGAAGGCGUUUACACAUUUCCACGAGAUUUGUACGAACGGACCGAUAAUCACGAGAUUAUACAACAACCCUUCGAGACACUGAUCCUGUAUGACUGCAACGCGAAUCAGUCAACCGUAACGCCGAGUCGUUCUGGGGUACAAAUGCUAGUCACAACUUCCCCUAUGCGGUCACAAUAUCAUACCUUUGAAAAGAAUCAUAAGCCGUCGAGGUUUAUUAUGGAAACGUGGACGUGGCGUGAGAUUUAUUUGUCUCGGUAA